AUGACGCCCGCUGCAGAGAAACCCCAGGAAAUCGGCUUCGACAGGCAGUUCUCGGCGGAAGUGAAUGGCGUGCCCACGGAGAUCGUGUUCCAUGGCUUCGCCAACAAGUGGUUCCUGGUCAUCACGCAGCUGGGCAAGAUUCCCGGCAUCUACAAUGUGCAGUUCGACGUCUCGCGGGACGAGCGGGUGAUUCCGUAUAUCCACGGGCCCGUGGACAACCCGGAGUUCCAUGUUUCGGUGCCCAUCACCAUGAAUUGCUGCUUGGGUUUGGAUACCGACGAGGUGCGCAGCGCCAUCCAGUUUUUGGUCAACAGAACCGGGCUCCACAAGUGCCCCACGGACUUUGUGGUGGGACUGGGCCUCAAAACAAUUGACGGACCCCAUCUGAAGGCCCUGGCCGCGGUUCUCGAGAAGAAUGUCUUCUAGUCCACGUUAUCCUUAACUAAUAAAUAGCAGCUGUAUGACAGUUUUUGUAAUAAAAGUAAUAUUUGUUAAGCCU